AUGAGCCGUGUCUUACCUCAUGAUAAAGGGGAUAUUGAUCCUGAGCAUCUCGAAAUUGUACAGAAUGAUGUCUCCCGACAGCACCAGACCCACUAUCGCCCCGUGGAUGAUGAGGAGAAAGGAAUCAACAGAAGGGUCAACCUCAAACUUGACUUGAUUGUCUUCUGUGGCAUCGACAAAACCAACAUUGGCUUCGUCGCGACCAGCUCGUUCGUCAAAGAUGCGAACCUUUCUCCUGACGAUAUCCCAAACUCCCUGUCACUUUUCUCGGCUACUUACGUACCACUUCAGCCAUUCAUGGUGAUCCUGGCACGUCGCGUUGGCGUCAAGUACUUUUUGGGACUUCAGCUCAUUGCAUGGGGUGGACUUUGCAUGUGUCACGCCGCCAUCAGAGGCAUUGGCACGCUUAUUGCCCUUCGACUUUUGAUCGGUGCUGCUGAGUCUGGAUUCACCCAGAUCGGUAUGUUUUACAUGUCCACAUUGUACCCCAAGUAUGAUGUCGGCUUUCGCGUUGGGAUGUUCACGGGGAUGUACUCCGUCGCAGGGGCAUUCGCUGGAGUCUUGGCAUACGGACUUCUGAAAAUCAGCUCGCCAAGGAUACACGGAUGGCAAGUGGUCUUCUUGUUCGAAGGUGCUAUAACGGUUUUCCUUGGUAUCUUGACGUUCUUUGUUCUGCCUAAAAACCUUUCAACCGCCUGGUUUCUCACGGCCGAGGAGCGUGCUCACGCUAUACGACGAAUGGAGAUUGACUUGGCAGGAACUCAAGAGGAGGGCGACAUUGGUAGCACUUCUGUCGUCAAGCGGGAUUUCAUUGACGUGGCGAAAGACUGGAAGAAGCUUCUCGUUGUGGUUUGCAACAUCACAACUGUCCUUCCAGUAACGGCUUUCACGACAUUUCUACCCUUGAUAGUCCAGGGCAUGGGAUACUCUGGCAUUCAGGCAACUCUCAUGAGUGUUCCCCCAUUUGUAGUUGGCACUGUCGGUCUUCUUGUCAUCGUUUGGCUGAGUGACCAUUUCCAAGAACGAUCUAUGCAUACUGUCGGUGGCAUGUGUCUUGGUAUCGUCGGUUGCAUUGUUAUGGCUACCUCAACUGACACUCAACUUCGAUACGGCUUCGCUCAUGUUUGCAUGGCAGGCGUUUUUGUUGGCGGUCCGCUGCUAGCAGUGUGGCUGGCCGGCAACACGCCGUGGAAAGGCACCAGAAGCGUCAUUAUGGGGAUCAAUGGAUGGUCCAACAUUGCCGGCGUCAUCGCGGGACAGAUUUUCAAGAGCAAGUACGCACCAAGAUAUGAGGUACCUCUGAUCAUAACGAUGGUCAUUAUGGCUUGCUGCAUUUGCGGUCUGGUGUUCCUGAAAUACGCGUACAAAAUGGAGAACAGAAAGCGCGCAAUUGAGAUUGAAACGUGGGAUGAAACUCAAUUUGCAGCUGACGCCAGAUCUGAGAUACGGAGAGGGGACCAAAGACGCACCUUCAUGUACGGAACGUAG